GCUCUCAAAACCUUUGCAUCAAUAUAGUAGGAAAUCAGUUCACGCUGUAGGGAAUGCUGACAUGACUGGAAGCUGACGGUCUUUACAUUUGCUUCCUUUAAUUCUCCAAUAUAUGCAAAGAGUCGCAUAAAUUUAAAGUCAAAAUGGCACCGUGGGCUUUCAUGAAGGUGAACUACCUUCCUAUGACAUUAGGAGUGGUGUUUUCCUUUGGACUAGUCACCUGUUUUGUAGUCGCUGUCUUAAGAGGAGACGUCUCUCCUUAUAUGCCAUUUAUUAGCGAAACUGGCGGGAAAUAUCCCGAAGCUGGUCUCUUCAGUAUUUUCCUGUAUCUUAGUUCUGUCCUAGGUUUAUCUACUAUGUUCACUCGUUUUCUGAUAGUAGAUGAAUUAAAUAGAGGAAUUGACAGAACCAUCGAUAUUCUUAAUAGAUCAUCAGUUGUCAUCGGUUUUAUUGCUCUCAUGGGCAUGGUGGUGGUUGCUGCAUAUCCGAUGACAAGUAUACCUACCGCCCACGGAAUCGGUGCCAAUGUUCUGUUCCUUGGUGGGGUCAUUUAUGCCGCUCUGCAAACUUGGUUGAGCUACAAAAUGUCACCAUAUUACAAUGGAACAAAGAUCUGCCAUAUUCGAUUGACCAUCACAGUGUUUACAGCAAUUGCACUCAUUGUCAUGCUUGCAGUUGGACCGAAGGCAAUAAGUGAAUGGAUUUCUGAGCCCCACAAUCAUUGGACUGGAAGCAAGAUGCCACAGGAGAAGGGUUUUGGUCUGAUGGUGGUGAGUUCUGUAGCUGAGUGGACGAUGGCCAUCAUGUUCCUCGCUUAUUACUUCACUUUUAUUCGGGAGUUCCAAAAAGUAUGCAUGCACUUGCGAGUUCAGAUGCUUGUGCAACACUUUGACGAGGAGCCUCAUGAAGUUAAUGUGGCAGUUGCGACCGAACGUACACCGAUUGUUAUGUGAUUUACAGUCGAGGGAAAAAACGGGAGCCAACCAGCUUUAUUCUGGCGUCGUUCAUCGUACUGUCAUAAAAAAGGUGUUAUUUGAAAGGGUUUAACGUACUCUUAAAAACUUUUAAAUUAAAAAUUUCGUAAGGAGUUAUUUAUAUAUAAAAAUAAUAGCAAACUUCAAAAUUUUUAAUGAUUAUACCCAUUUUUACCCAUCAAAUUUAAAAUCUACAUCAAAAGUAAUUCGCGGAAACCAAAUUUCAUUAGCUAAAGCGUAUUCGUUUCGAAAUUAUGAGCUAACAAAAUUGUGACUUUCUAAUGUAAAAAUUAAAUUUUGAACUUUUAUUUAUAUCUUAAAAACCUUUAAAGUUAUUAGCAUAAACGUUUUUAUUCCAUAAUCCAUAAUGGAAUAAAAAAUUCUUGAAUCAAAACAUUAUUUAUUUUGUAUUUAAUAUUGAUAUUUUGCAUUAAUAUAUCUCUUAAUUUAAAAUCUAAUUGAUUUCCUAAUUUUUAUAUUAUAGUAGUCUAUGUUAAUUUCAUUCUAAAAUGUUCUCUUAUUUCCAGAUCCAAUGUCCACUUUUUUAUUUUAAUCAAUUCUACAAGCGCUAUAGAAAUCUGAUUAUAUAUAUAUAUAAUAUUACAAUCUGUAAUUCUUUUUAUUGAUUUCAUUAAUCCUUUUAAUAUGAGUGAUUAAUAAAUAUUAAAUUUUUAAAUCCCAAUUUAAUUAUUUAAUUAAAUUAACUUUGUUCUAUUUGAGUAAAUAUGUUCUAAUAUAAAUUUUUAAUUAUUAAACUGGUUACUUCUUACAAAACCCCAAAGGAAUAAUUAUUUUGAUAAUGAUCUAUAUAUUAUAAUUAUUCUUAUUUAUAUUCUUCUAAUUAUAUAUAAUAAUUCUUAUAACUAUAACUUUCUUUCAAAUUUCUAUUCAUAUAAAAAGCAACAAAAUAUGUGAAAAUUAGUUUUAAAAAGUGCUACAAUAAUAGAAAUUAAAGAUAUGAAUGAAUAUUUAGAGUGAUGUUCUGCGGUCUGCUUUUCACGUCUGUAAUACGCAUAUAUCCUGUAUACAUGACUUCAUAGAAUGAAAUCUUUGACAAACAAAAAGCAUUUUCAUAGAACACUUAGUAAUCCAUAAAACAGGGGAAAAACUUACAUACAUUUAUCAGUGAAUGAAAUGCACUACUUUUUUUGUAAAAUAAAACAGUGUGUCAUCUCAUGUCUAUUCAUGAGUAGCAAGCAGUGAUGAUAGUAUAUAUUGAUAAAGAAAUGCAGGAAUGAGGCGGAAAAGAAUAAAUUCCAGUUAAUUUUUUUUCCUCUGAAUUAGUAAAUAUUAAUAUUUAACACAAAUUGGCAAUUAUUUUAAAUAAUAAAAAAUAUAUUUAAUUUUAUAUAUUUUACUCGUGCAUCAAAACUUUCCAUUUUGGCACUUUCAUUGUAAUGGAGAAUCACGCUCAGGUGUAAUUAAACAAAACUUGCAAUAUUCUUGGAUAAUUUUUUCCCGAAAGGUAUCAAGUUUUUCUAAAAUUUUGGCUACAAAUAUUUUUUUAUGAAUGAAAAAGCAAACAGUUUUACCAUGUGGAUUGAAGCUUUAAAUAUGCUUUAAAAAUAUGUCAAAAAAUACUAUUACCGACAUCCAGAAAAUAUCAAAAUCUUACACAUCUAAAUAUGGAAACAUCCUUAACAAAAAAUGCCAAAUAUCACCCGAUGUAAUCAUGAUAUAUUAAUCAAAAGUUGUAAUCUCAGUAUUUUUUGCGUGGGAAAACUAUUCAUGAUAUUAAAAAAAAAAAAAACUGUUCACAUGGAAAUUUUAAAAUUUGUACAAUUUUAAUUGAA